AUGGUGGAGACCAGUUGUCUCUCACGCAUCCGCAAACACCAGGGACGCCGUGAGCGAAAUCCAGCAGACCUCGAAACAUCCAAUAAUGGCGUUUCUGAGACUCUGUUAAGUUACUCCGGAAAUGCACUCGUUGGAAUAUAUGUCGGACAUGGAGUCCAGCAUGCUGACGUUGCUACUAAUGCGGUGCAAACGUUCCUCGAGCAUAUCAGGUCCCAAACAAUUACCGAUCGAACAGCCUUGCAAUACUGCGAUAUCAAUGCGAACAGGAAAUUUGGAUUCGUCUUGGACACUUCCGGCGACUUCUCAGCAGUGCAACAAAUUGUACGGAAUUGGAAUGAGGCAAAGUAUCAAACUCACUUCGAUCGUUCGAAGGGUCUGUCCAAAUCAAUAUUGCACAUGGUCGUGCCUCCAAAAUCUUCUAACAUGGCAGUAAACAGGAGAGCACAUGACAAGAUGCAUCGCAACUCUCCUUCUCACCAUGGUCAUUCACACUCUUGUCUGCGACGAAGUAUUUGUGAUACUGCUCAGGUUGCGUCUGGUGACUCCUGUGAGACGUUGGCCAAAAGUGAGAUCUCCGGUCUCGAUUUCAUCAAGUACGACUCGGAUGACAAACUGUGCUCAAUGCUGCAGGCUGGCCUACGUGCCUGCUGCUCUGUGGGCGAUUUGCCCGAUGUUUCCCCCAAAGCCCAAGGCCGAUGGAACCUGCACGACACACCUGGUCCAAUGGGGGACUCGUAA